AUGCAAGAUCAAAUCCGCCAGCAGAAUGAAGAAAUUCAGAGGUUAAGGCAGCAGGGUCCUCCUGCCAUGCCUCCUCAACAAGUUGCUCAGGCCGUUGUAGUUCCAGCGAAAGAAUUCAAGGAGUUGUUUAACUCUAAAUAUUACAAUGAAGCUGUCCGCAAUGCUAAGCGAAAAGAGUUCACUGAGUUGGUGCAAACUGAGGGGAUUUCGGUUACUGAGUAUGCUACCAAGUUUGACCGGCUGGCGAAGCGUGCCGUGGGAAUCGUGCCAACUAACUUUAGCAAGAAAGAAAAUUAUUUGGCCAGUUUAAGUGCGAAGAUUAGGCAUGAUCUUGUGAUCACUACCACUGAAGCAACCACAUAUGCUGAAAUGGUUGAAAAAGCUUUGAAAGCUGAGGGUGCUGUGAAAUUCCUUCAGGAGCCCUGGGUGACUCCGAAUGUUGGUGGAAUCCCCACUUUUCCUACUCCUAUUUAUGGUAGGGAUGGUGGUGACUCCACCACUGAGCAAAAGAGGAAAGUUACCUCAGCAUCUGGUGGUUCAUGGCAAAGCAAGCGUUUCUGUGAGAACCAAGGCAGAGGAUAUUUAGUAGUGGUGAUUGACUCCAGCAGACCCAAAACAUUUGGGCCUGAGGUAGUCAGAGUGGUAAAAGACUUUCUCGACGUGUUUCCCGAGGAAUUGCCGGGAUUGUCGCCGCAACGAGAAAUUGAAUUAGUAAUUGAUCUAGCAAUUGGAGCCGAACUUUUUUCUGAAGCUCCAUAUAGAAUGGCUCCAAAGGAUUUGAACAUGAGGCAGAGGAGAUGGCUGGAAUUGGUUAAAGACUACGACUGUGAAAUUCUGUAUCACCUCGGGAAAGCCAAUGUUGUGGCUGAUGCUUUGAGUAGAGAAGGUGCCGGGCAGGUUUGUACCUCGGUUUUGAUAGCCCCUCAACUAGGCUCUGAAAUGAUUAGUGCAGGGAUUGAGUUUGUAGUUGGGGAAUUGCACAACUUGACACUUCAAUCUGAUCUGUUAGAGAGAAUCGGAAAAGCUCAACAAGAAGAUCCUGAUUUAGUUAAAGUUCAAGAUGAAGUCAUAGUUGGUCGGCCUAGAGACUUUUCAGUCUCAAAUAGUGGAAUGUUGUUGUAUAAAGCUCGAGUUUGUGUUCCUGGUAUAACAUGGUGUGAUGAUUGUGGUAUUGCAGAUUCAAAGCCUGUACUUUCAAGACAGAAAAGUAUGAUGGACGUAGAUAUUGCCUCCAACUCUUACUGGCAAGAACUUUUGGACACACUUCAACUAUCCAAAUCAGUUGCAGAAAUAGAUACUCGUGAUAUUUAA